GUCACCUUCGAAAAGCCAUCACGCAAUAUCUGCUAUGGAGUACAAACGAUGGCGAAGAGCCUGGACGAUUUGAUCGAGUUUUUGCUCGAGGAGAUAGCAGUGAGUGGAAUUCAAGGCGUAACCUGUAAUGACAUUGCAAACUCCGUUUCGACAUUUUACAAUGACGUCGGCAACCAGGAUCAGAUCGGUGCUGUCGUCGAGCAAUCAUCCAUCUCCACGACCAACGUGGAUCGUCGUCUACUGUCCAAGAUCUGGGCAUGGCUAGGUCGACAUCCAGACGUCUCCAUUGGAGAAAACAAGAAGUACAACAAAUCAUCGCUGGAUCAAAUCGAACUCGACUUUCCAGGCUUCGUCGACGCCACCGUUAGUGGUGGGCGACGACCAACUGAGAACGCCGGAGAUUCCAAGGAGGUCCAGGACGACAGUCGAACUGCUAAGGCUCAUUUGGAGGAUAAGAAACAACAUCAGUCAGCCAAAGGACCUAGAAUCUUCGUCAAUCAGGAACGAAUCUACCACGCAAUAUGCGGGCAUCCACCAGACAUCACCAAGGUGGCACCCUUGGAAUUUGUUCUGCUCUCCCAGAUCGCCGCGACACGCUCGGACGGCAUCUUACAGGGUGAACUUAUCAGGCUCACGGGUCAAGAUAAGCGGUCUGUGCCUAAGCGAACCGACAGUUUAAAGAGGAAAGGGUACAUCAUCAAGGAAGUCAUCUACCGUAAGGGCAACCGGACAAGCCGCCUUAUUCUGAAGAAGUUUGCCUCCCCAAGAGCUGAUGAUGCUGAACAUGGUCACGACCAGCGCGAACAGCCCCCCAGGGGUUCAUCCGUACGUGAUGCGGUUCGAAGAAUAUUUGAUAUCUUAUCAGAGCAGAAUCUCAUUUCACAGACGAAACUUUCGGAGGAACUGAACUUGACAUCCGCUGCCGAGUCAGCAGUCCUAGUAAAGAUUAUCCGGCGACUCGAUCGACUCAAAUGUCUAAAGAGAGUGAGAACUGCUAUGGGGCCGUCCGCAACAUCCGGAGACCUACAGCACUUCGUUCAAAUCUUACAUCGGCCUAAAUCGGAGGACUUGGAAAAGUUCGACACUGACGAGCUGUCACUCGAUCAGAUCGUACAACAGUUGUCCGCACAGCUUGAGCCAGAUGAUCAGGAAGAUCUAGGUGCCAGACCUCAAAGUUCGGAAUGUCAGCCCGCAACACAACAUCUUGCAAGAUGGAACCCUGAUCGCACAAUGCCCAAUAUAAUAGUCGAUGCUACGCGUCUCUCGGGCCAGGAGGGGCUAACACAUUUGAGCUCGAGACAAUUGAUUACUGGUCUUUUCGUUCGUCGAGUGAUGGAAUCCAUGCUUGCUAGGAUCUCCUUUCAGUCAUUGAUUGUGCAGCCUGCGCACCUACGCCAUCUGGCAGUAAUUCGCACAGUCGUCACAGUCGAUGGCAUUGCCCAAUACACUCAUUAUUCUUGGGAAGUUUUCUGUGAUCUAGCGGACAAGCAUGCCAUCAACAUAUCACAGAUUCCUGGCGCGGAGCAAGUACUGAAUGCGAGGCGAGACUGCGAAUCUGAUGCGAAUGAAGUUGAGCAGCCCACGACGACAAAGCACACGGACGAGUUCGGUUUUCCUGUUCAGGCCGUGCUACAGCUACAAAUAAAGAAUGGCGAAGCAGAUUUUCCCACUCUGAUUGCGGCAGCUGGGCCUGGGGAUAUUCAUGCAAGGAAUGGCGAGCCUAUCUUAGUCAAAGAUGCGGAUCAAAGCUUGACAAUAAAGCUCCGCAACAACAUACUCGAUGAGGUACAAGGCAAACUCCAACCUUUGCCGCCAAAGCGUCGAGGUCCCAAGCCUCCCGCGAGUCGAAGUCCCAAACCCCCAAAGAUUGAGAGUCCCAGAGAUGGUAUCGUGAAAGGCCGGCCUCGGAAAUACAUGCGUGGGACAGAAAACUUUUGGCGCCGCCUAUUUCUUGAAGCUAGGUCAAACGGUAGCAUACCUAAGAAGGAGCAACACAAAGGAGUCAUGAAUGACCCUGCUGGUCUGGCGCUCUAUGGACGUCGGCCCACGGGUUUUGAUGAAACUCUCCUGAAGGCUAUCGAUGCUGGCCUUCCCGUGCCUCACCAUCCGGAGGAUGUCGACGAAAAUUGGGUGGCUUCCACAACCCGUGUACUUCAGCGUUCAUCAGACGGCAUUUACAUGACUCCGAGGGGUUUGCGCCACGGCACUGCAAAGACGACAUCACGAGUCCUGAUUUUCAAAUCCAAUCGCUUGCAUGAAGUCGACUUCUGUGACAGAACUCGAGUGUACCCAUUUCGGUUUAUCUCUUCCAGCGCCUCGCACAGCUUCGCCCACCAAAGAUACUAUGGGCUUCGACCUAAUGAGCUAAGGUCUUCUGGAGAGGCUGACGGCAAAUCACAGCUCAUGCAGAAGUCUCGUAGGCCCAAACGCGGGUCGGAUAAAAGAGGAGGCCCUCCAGUGGGCGUUUUCUACGAAGAUCAAGCUUCCAUUGGGCCCUCCGCCUCCCAAUCUGUCCGGCCUCCCGACGUACCCAUGUCUUAUGAUACUGUGGUGGAUAUUACAGACGAAGAGCCUGACUUCCUCGCCCGCAAGGACCGUCAAACGUGUUCCAUUGGCACUGCAUCAAUCGAUUCGACCCCUAAACCCAUUGAAGCGCCUAUUGUGCAUUUGUCUAACAGUGAGACAUCACAACAGUUUAUGGAUGAUCACUCUGGAGCUCAUCCUCCUCAUUCAACCGAGAGAUCGAAGUCCGGAUCUGCUGUUUCUGCUGUUCCCCCUGAGGCCACGAGAAGACAGAGAUCAAUCCAAAUAACCGUGGAAAUGGCUAGCUCCACACAUGAUCAGGAAGCACGACUCCUUCCCGACAUCCGAAGUACUUCAUAUACUGGCAAUGCCGUGGACUUAAGCCUUCGCAAUGGUGUGCAGAAGUCUUUGAAGGCCGACUCAGUGACUGUGGGAGGCUUUGCCGAAGACACAAAUGGAAACAGACUCAUUGUACCAGCACAUAUCGCAGAGGCCCAACGUUCACCAGAGGAGGGUGUUUUGACAGUACCAGCAAGAGUGGACCAGGGGAAAGAGAAGAACGUGGAGAUGCCAGCUCAGGGAACAGCAGACGACCAUAUCACCCAGCACAACAACGGGGACAAGCACCAAGCCUUUGCUGAAAAUCGGCCUACCCCCCAUGCCGAUCAGCACGAUAGGAAGAUUUCGUCCACAAACAUCGACGACGAGUACCUACCGGAGAACACAACCAUAGCAACACCGAAGACCAAGAAAAGCGUCUCGCAGAAGCGGCGCCGAGGAGAAUCGCUCUCGGAAUCUGAAGAUUCGGCAGCGAAUCCCAGACCGCAGAAACGGAAGCCCUAUGUCUCUGAUGCUAAUGCCUUGUGUCGCAAGAUCAUCGUUCAGUUGAUCUCAGAAACAUCAGGCGUGGUGCCAAAUGACCCUUCCACUCUGCGAAGAAUCUCUGCGGCUCGCUGGCAAGAGGCCGGAAACGAAGGCCGCCCACUUCUGAAAACUAUGAAGGCUGCAAUCAAGUCAUUGUGCGAGACAGGGAAGCUACGGCAAGUCACGUUCACAAAUCGCAGCAAGACCGGAAUGAUGCUCAAGCGUGCGGUUCUUUUCCUGCCAAGUAUCAGGCCGCAGGCUCAGCUUGUCCAGGAAACGAAGCAAAAGAUCAUUGACGCCGAGCCUGCUGACUAUAUCCCGCCGGAAUGGAGAGAAGAAGGUAAUCGGAUGCCGCUAGUUGGCAAGAGAGCCCACAACACGGUAUCGGACGACGAGGAGAGCCCGCGCAAGAGAAGACGUGUUUCAUCGAUUGAGACCGAGACGAUCAUUCCUUCCCGGGGGACUAGAACUCCUAGACGACGACGUGCUUCACCAUCAAUCAGCAUCGCGUCCGUCAUCGCGUCCGUGGGCAGCGAUGCUGCAAGGGUCACCAGGAGCGUAAGUAUGGCCUCGCCAACUCCGCCGCCUGUAGAGAACCCAGCUACUGGCUUCCUGACACUGAAGGUACCACGCCUCGGUUCCCUAUCCAGCGUGCAGAUCUACAACUGGAGGACAGAAACUCCCGUCACAGCAUUACGAUUCGACACGAUCCCCGCGAAUUCACGGAGGGCUGUUGCUGUAACACCUACAAGGCCUGCAAGAAAUGCCCGAAAGCCGAAAGCCCGCACAACAGGGCCCAAAGUUGUGUGGGCAAAUGACAAUACAUUAGACUUCCCGUCGUCUCUACAAGACAUACUGCAGCUUCCAGAUCUGGAAGUGAGACCUGAAGAUGUCCAAUCUGACGACGCUAAUUGGCAACGCUUCGCCUGGGAAGUUGAGGUUGUUCACGCUUGGGAGGCGCAAGAGUCGGCCUUCUCGAGACGCUCGAGGUACGCCUUUAUCAAUCACACCGUUCCUCCAGCCCUUUAUGGGCAGGCACUCUCUCCUGUAACUACCACGUUCUCAGCUCUCAUACAAUUCGACAACGACCAUGUCGAAAUCGAAGUAUCCUACCCGUCCGCGCAGUCGUGGCCAGUCUUCGUGCAUGCUCUCCACGCACCUUCGGAGGAGAUGGAACGUAUUGUAUGGUUCAGAUCUGAGUCGCCCAGCCCACCGGCGCUUCCUCCGCCCGACGAGACGUCCCCUGUACGUCGUUCGAGGAGACCGCCAAAGCGUAAAGCUUCCGAGGACGAUUAUGGAUUCGUGCCUCAUCCGAAACGAGGCAGAGGUGGAUCCAGAAGCUCAACAGCUGGAGGCAGCAAACGCAGAAACCUCGCUGCCCGGGUCCCCCGCUCGGAGAGAUUGGCCCGCGGCCCUCAGUACUUUCGGAACAUGUCAGGACAGGACAUCUACCGCAUCGUCAUUGCUGUGCUAAUCGUCCGUACCCUUGCCGGAGGCAUCGAAAGCUAUAUUGACUGGCCGCUCGUCAUGACCGUGUUCCCGGGCCAGACAGAAGACUUCAUCCAAGGACGCUGGAAGACGUUGUCGAAACGAUACUCUCGCGACGUCAUUACCAUGACAGAGAAUCUGCAGUGGAAAUAUAUCGAAGCACUUGAAGCCAACGAAGUGCCCUCAGUCAACUUUCAAGAUCUCACAGCAACCGACUGGCCUGGCAUUGUGGACUGGGGACUCAAGAAACUCGACAACUUCAACGCAGAACAUAUCGGUGAUCUGCCGGCCACUCGAGACGACUUCGUUGCCUGCAACAACCUGACCUUCUCCGAACCCAAGCGCUACCACAACCUGCUCGGAUAUGGUCUCAACCUCACAAACCCAGUCAAAGAAGACGUCGUCAGCUCCAUCGUGUUCGGACAGUCUUACUCUCACCCUCACACUCACGAUCCUGCCCCCACAACUUCAGCUACGGACAUGCACUACGUCCCACGCUUUGAACUCGAGAUCGCCGACCCGCACCUCCACCGUGCCAAGUCAUGGAUCCUGGCCACCAUCCUCACGCCCGAAGACAGAUUCGACCCGGCCCUCGCACAAGCCAAACUCACCUCGCUCGCGGCGACCAGCCACGAAUGCGACGCCCUCCUCCUCCGCGCGCUGAAAGUCCUCCAGGACGAGAAACUCAUCCAGCGCGCCCUGAAGGAUCGGAGCAACGAUCGCGUCGCCAACGUGCGCACAUGGGAGCCUUCGCGCCGGCUGUACGAGCGCUUCGAAGAGCGACGAAUGGUCAGUACGGGCAUGCUACGGCGUGCGGCGAGUUAUAAAUUCGACGUCCUGGACGCGGCUUUCGCGCGAAAGAGCCAGAGCGAGACCAACGCCCUGACCGAGACCGCCGUCUUGUUCGAGAAAGACCAGAUCGUCGAUGACGCGCAGAUGGUCGCCGUGCUGAACCUCAUGAGCCAGGGUAUGUUGAGGGCCAGGCCUGGCGCGGACGUGCCCCGCACGCGGUACGGCCUGGAGCAUGAGAAGAUCGGGUAUCAGACGCGCAGUAUGGACAAGAAGACGCUUAGUUUCGGCGUCCAGAUCGUGCCGACCAGCGCCUAUGUCAGCGGCGAUCCGAAGACCAAUGGGCGCAAAGUGCCCAUCCCGAGAGGACGGGCGAAUGAGGAUGCUGAUGAUGAUGAUGAUGAUGAUGACGAUGAUGAUGAUGAUGGGUUGAUACCCGCGUGGAUCGAUAUCCACGGGAACGUGCAGGUCGGACUAUGGGAGAUGUUUGUCGCUGGUGUGGUGGGCCUGGUGUCGCAAAUGCCCGGCGUCUCGUCGCUCGAGAUCUCGCGCGCGCUGGGGUAUGCGCUGGACAAGGGUGAGGUCGACUUGUUGAUGCAGUGGUGCGUGCAAGCUGGAUUUGUCAAAAUCCAUGCAAAGUCUCGAGGGUAUGAAACGACCGAGUGGUGGUGGCUGUGUAUUGCUAAUGGGGUCGACGGUGGAUGGGAGUGGUCGAUGUAAAAACGACUUAAUGGUCAUCAUGAGCCCAUGCAUUAUCUUCAGGCGGAGAAUGGGAUGCUUGAUGACAUUCGGAGGCAUGACUCACGGGACAUGAUGCAUUGAGAUAUGGGGUUUGGAGGUUGAUCGGGGCAGGGGCUGGGCUAAAGCUGCUGUGCACAUUCACAUGGGAGAGAGAAAAAAAAAAGAGAGACCGGCGAUUGGGGCGUUCGAUUUGAAGAUGAAGACCACGAUGAAACAACGACGUCUCUUUUCAGGGCCACUGAAAGGUCAAUCAGCAAUGCAUCAUACGGGAACGGAUACGGAGGCUCGAGUUCUUUGCAUUUGAGGCGCGGCGCAAUUACUACGUAGUAGACCUGGCGGGAUACCCAUUUGCUGUAACACUACCUAGGCAUAUUGAAC